AUGACGGACGAGGCGCGUUCGAGGGACGACCGGAGCGCGCGCCUCGUCAGUCCCGGCGGAGAUCCGCGCGUGUUUCAGGCGGCGCAAAAGGCGGCGACGGUGGUUGGCGGCGCGGCCCUCCGCUGCCACGGACGAGGGGCGAGCGGCAUGCUCGCGUGCUGCCUGGUUCAUCCGCGCGGAGGUGUGCGCGGAGGUGUGCGCGGGAGUGUGCGCGGAGGUGUGCGUGGCGCUGCCCUCCGCCGCGACGGACGAGGUGCGGUCGCCAGGUCGUCUGAGAUGCGAGGUGUCUGCACGGGAUGGGCUGCUGUGGUCUUCCGCCUCGUGGCCCUACUCCCACUCGCUGCUGAGAUAUGA